GCCAUCUUGACCGAGACGCACAUCUACGGAAAGGUAAAUUGGCACCAAAGAUGGUGAAGAUUUUCGUUGGGAACCUUCCGCCUCAGGCGGAAACGGAUGAGAUCCAGGCCCUCUUUGCUCAGUAUGGUACAGUGACUGAGUGUGCGAUCAUCAAGAACUUCGCUUUUGUUCACAUGGAGGAUCGCAAGAGUGCAACCAAAGCCAUACGCAACUUGCAUUUAUAUAAGUUGCACGGUGUACCUAUAAAUGUAGAGGCUAGCCAUGGGAAGAACCAGGGCCCAAUUAAAUUGCAUGUGGCUAAUGUUGAGAAGGGCUCUGCAGAUGCAUUGCGAGCACUGUUUGAAGAAUACGGCACAGUAUCCGAGUGUUCGGUCGUCAAAAACUUCGCUUUUGUUCAUAUGCCCAAUUCAGAGGAGGCUAUGGACGCAAUGAAGGGCUUGGCAAACGCUGAGUUCCAAGGCAAAAGGAUUCAUGUUCAGAUCUCAAAGAGCCGCCCUAGGGGUGGUGAUGAGGAGUACCAACAUGGCCCCCCUGAAAGAGCAGGCUAUUGGGGACCUCGUUUCCCUGGUGACCGCCCAGAACCCGGCCCGCCUGGUUAUCCCAGGGGCCGGUUUGGCCCCCCUGUCUCUCACGGCUACCCCCCUGCCCCCCCUCCUCCUCCUCCCCCUCCCCCCAGACGCGCCCCGUACCCCGAUCGCACAUCCUCGUAUGAUCGCGAUGGCUAUGGGGUAGUCGACUACUACGAAAAGUACCGUGCCCGGCCGUAUGGCAUCACGUCCUACGAUGACCGGCGUGUCAGCUCUGUGCCCCCUCCCCCACCACCCCCCUCGUCUGCCCUGAUGAGAGAACGCCUGGGCGCCAGUACACUCGACCCCUACGAGCGUCGCCCCCUUCCUCCUCCGCCGUCCGCUUACUACGCUGCCCGAGACCGCAGCCCCAUCCGACGGGCGCCACCCACUGCAGCGGCCCCGACAGGCAACGGCUAUUCGUAUGAGCGCUCCCGCCUCUCACCGCUGUCCAUGUCCCGGAGCGCGUACGGAAUGCCCCGAGCCCGGGACCCCUACGCAGACAGGGUGCCGCCCCCACCUCCGGCGCGCUACUCAUACUAAAGAUUACAGCCAGCGCCACACGUGUGCUCAAGGUUUAAAUUAUUCGACAAGGUCGUCGUCGUCUCCUGAUGCACACGGCGCAUAACGCAUCCCUACGUCUGGCGACGUGCGUUCCGUUCGGCGACGACUCAUAGUGGAAGAGUUUGUAAUGCGGACCUCCCGUCCUUAAAACACGCUUUUAGUCUCGUCACGUUUCCCCGUUUACUGGCUAAAACUUGUAAAGUUUGCAUUUUUUGUUCUGCCUGCUUGUCCAUAAUAGAAUACCUAUAUCUGUUUGAAUUUGAGAUGCCGCAAGACAGGUUGAAUCCUUAUAGCAUAAAAUGUAAACUGGAUGUCGUUUAAGACGAGAGUUUUCAUUCUUCAUCAUUGAGAAUCAGUAUCUUAACUGUGUGAGCUGAAACGGAACGCUUUCAGUUUAAUUUAAGGAAAAUUGACAUUCUUUUUAAUGUAAUGGGCUAUAUGGUUUUAAUUUGAUACAUCCGUGGUUGUAUAUUCGUUUAAAAUAAAUUACUUUUGUUUUCACAACAUUCGUUUUGUUUAUUGCCUAUUGCUUAUAAUCUGGUGAAGGAAAAUGCUAAAUAGGCCUUUUUUGUUUAAAACUGUAAAACAGUACACAAUGAUUUGAGUGUGUAAGUGUGACUCGAUAGCUCCUAAUUAAUCUAAAAGCAGUAAAAUGUACGUACUUCCCUUUAUAUAAGUUUGGCUAAGGUCUUUUUAAAUAAAAUGAAUUGAAAUGCA